CACCGGUCGGGGAACAAAUCGGCUUCCGAUUGCUCGAAGCGCCUGCAGUCUGUCUAAGCCAGCCAAUGGGCGGCGUGGUUUCGGGCUCCCCCCCCUUCCCUCUGCUCCCCCCGCGGGAGGGAGACGUUUCAGGCGGCCCCAGUGGCUGGCGGAAGGGAAUAUAAAGAUGGCGGAAAAUUUAAAAGGCUGCUCUGUGUACUGCAAGUCAUCAUGGGUACAGCUGCAGGACCUGUGCCGCCUGGCCAAGGUGGUAUGUCCCGACCUGGGUGUCACUCGUCGCAACCUCAGCCACUUUGAGGUGGAGUACCUGUGUGACUACAAGCGUGUGCGGGAGGAGGAGUUCUACCUGGUGAAGUGGCGAGGUUACCCUGAGUCGGAGAGCACGUGGGAGCCCCGUAAAAACCUGCGCUGCCCCGGCGUCCUCAAGCAGUUUCACCAGGACCUGGAGGCAGCACUACAGCGCUGGUCCCGACCUGGCCGGCCCCGGAGGCCUCCACUCCAUGGCCUGGAGCCCCUUGUGGCUGCCUACCUGCUGCAGAAGGCCAAGCAGCGGCGAGCCUUGUGGCGCUGGGAGUGCCAGCUCAAUGCCAAGCGCAGCCACCGUGGCCGCAUCACUGUGGAGAACGAGGUGGACCUGGAUGGUCCCCCCCGGGACUUCAUCUACAUCAACGAGUACAAGGUGGGGGCUGGCAUCACCCUCACCCAGGUGGCCGUGGGAUGCGAGUGCCAGGACUGCUUGGCCCAGCCGGCUGGCGGCUGCUGCCCUGGUGCUUCACGCCACCGCUUUGCCUACAACGAACAAGGGCAGGUGCGGGUGCGGGCUGGGCUGCCCAUCUACGAGUGCAAUGCCCGGUGCCGCUGUGGCCCUGACUGCCCCAACCGUGUGGUGCAGAAAGGCAUCCGCUAUGACUUGUGCAUCUUCCGUACCGACAACGGCCGGGGCUGGGGCGUGCGCACGCUUGAGAAGAUCCGCAAAAACACUUUUGUCAUGGAGUACGUUGGCGAGAUCAUCACAUCGGAGGAGGCGGAGCGGCGGGGGCAGAUCUAUGACCGCCAGGGCGCCACGUACCUCUUUGACCUGGACUACGUAGAGGACGUCUACACUGUGGAUGCUGCCUACUACGGCAACAUAUCCCACUUCGUCAACCACAGCUGUGACCCCAACCUGCAGGUGUACAAUGUGUUCAUUGACAACCUAGAUGAGCGCCUGCCACGCAUCGCACUCUUUGCCACCCGGCCCAUCCGUGCCGGCGAGGAGCUCACUUUUGACUACAACAUGCACGUAGACCCAGUGGAUGCAGAAAGCACGCGCAUGGACUCGAACCUGGGGCUGGCCGGGGGCCUGGCCGGGUCCCCCAAGAAGCGCCUGCGCAUCGAAUGCAAGUGCGGGGCACCUGCCUGUCGCAAGUACCUCUUCUAGCCCCCCCAGAGCCAGCUGCAGUGGCACCCACAUACUCUGCCCAUGUUGCAGGGGACGGUGGCACAUUAUGUGCCACCAUUCCUGGGCCACCCCCCUGAGCCAGAUGCACAUCAGCGCCAUGACUGUAGAGGUCUCCGCAGAGCCAGCUGCUGCUUGGUCCAUCAUGAACAGGUCCUGGCAUUAUAACACAGCUGGUCUUCAGCCACCUCAGAACCAGCCACAUCUCAGGACCUGUUCCAGCACCAGCUGUUAUAUGGGGCUCUUUCUUAGCCACACCCAUGGAGCCUGGGUCCUUUGCAAACUGAUUCAACUGGGGGGGACCACAGGCAGAAUGGGGGAUUGUUAUAUGCAGCUGUUUCUUGGCCACCCCACAAACAGUUGCAUCUUGGGAACCAUUCUGGUGCAGCUGUUAUACAUGGCUAUUUAAUACACCUCCCCAGAGCUAGUUGCAUCUCAGGACCCAUUAGCAGCUGCUGUUAUAUAGGGCUGUUUCUUAGCCAUGCCCCCAAAGCCAACUGCAUCUUGGUCCUAUGCAAACUAUCCCAGUCUGUGGGGGUUGAAUUUGUUAUAUGCACCCGUUCCUCAGCCACCCCAGAACCAGCUGCAUCUUGGGAAAAAUCCCAGCCCAGACUUAAGUCACUGUUGAUUUCCCCAUGCCCUCCACCCCCACCCCAAGCUGCAUCUCAGGAACUGUUCUAGCACUGGCUGUUAUAUGCAGCUGUUUCUUAGCCACCGUGGGGCAAAGCUGGCUGUAUUUUAGCCCAUUGCAAACUUGCCAUACAGGGGCAUUUGUGGGCAGGAGGGGGAAGAGGGUGUUACAUGUCACCAGUACUUGACCACUUCCCACAAGAACCAGCCACAUUUUAAGUGCCACUCCAGUGCUGGCUGUUCUAUGCAGCUGUUUCUUAGUUACCACAGAGCCAGUUGCACCUUAAUCCUUCCUGCCCUCCCUCUCUCCUCACCCCCCCAUACAUGGGGCUGGCUGUCUUUUUGGGGGGUGGAAGCCCCUAUAAGCCUUUACUUGAAGCGGGCACCCUGAGGUGCCCCCUUUUUAAUUGCUCUAUUUUAAAAAAUGUGAUUUGGGGGUUAUUUGCAUAUUUUUUCAAGGAGAAAUUAACUGUAUGGGGGGGGAGGAGGGGGGGGGGCAUUGGGCAAUUAGAUGGUUUUUGGAUUCCAGACCCCACCCUGACCUGUCUCUGUGAUGUUGAUGGGGGAGCGGAAUAAAACCCUUGAAGUGGGUAA